AUGAGCCCUCGUCGAGCAGAUCUUAGGAUCUCUGCCCCGUUAAGUAACCCGGCGUUAAGAACCGAGAGCAGCCAAGGUCCUAAUACCUAUCCUCCGCUCACCCCAAUUAUUGCCUCUGACCCAUCCCAGCGCCAGACACAUGCAUCCUAUCCACCCAUGCACUCUUCCUUGCCCUUUGACGGCACUGACCGGACAUCAUAUCAUAAUCGCUUCGCCUCCCAUGACCCUCAGAGUUCUGUUUCGAUAUCAGCGGGCCAGAGCCCUACAAUGCAUCGUCGCAGGGCCAGCACAUUGAGGACAAUCAUGCGCAAACUAUUUGGUCGCAAACGAAAGAGUGAUCCUGCCGCUCAGCAGCAGGGUUUUCACGUGAAAGACCAUCCUACGACUCCCUCGCAAGGCUCCGUUGGGUUACUGAGCUCUCAUAGCCCGUUUGUCACGGUUUCGAGAACUGGUCACUAUUCCAUCAAGUCACCGUCGUCCCCGGAGCACCUCUCCCGUGUUGCUACUCCAACCGAAGCCAUAUUUGCUGCACUCCCGUCUCCGCCAGAAGAAACAGAGCAGGCAGAGGACGCAUCCCAAUUAGUAUCACAGCGACGACGCCCACGUCGAAGAGCAACGCUGCCGAGCCUUGUUCUGUCGACGGAUGAGGCACGGGAGUUGGCAUCAAAGAUCGCGCACGAAGGUUCUAAAGACGGGAGUGCACCGCCGUCACCAACAGACGGGAAGAGCACGGUGAUUUCUUCACGGAAGACCGAUACCCAGCUUAAACGCCGUUCACGGAGUGCAUACGGUUUGAGGGAAUCAGCUAGAGCACAUCGCAUGUCGCCGAUACAGUGGCGGCGACGGAGUGAUGAGAUGAAACUUUGGAGGGCCAGUUUUGACAAGAGAAUCGAGCCCGACCCCAUCCAAGAUAGGCCCGAGACUCGAAGUACAGCCGCAGAGGAAAAAGAUCCCACUGAAAUUCGAGUGGAGAGUCUUGCUCCAAAUGGCGAGCUGGGGCAAUUCGAUUUCGGCAAUUUGAUGUCUAAUAUACAAGAGGACAACAGCGCCAGCCUCACGCAACGUGUAGCAACGCUCGAGGUGAAAAUGAUGGACUUGGAGUUCGCAAUCGGGAAGAUGCAGGGAUCUGAUAUAUCGCCCAUCCAGCCACAUCCAUCCACGCUUUCUUCGAAGGAGUGCAAAACUGAGCCUCAUAAUCCAGCUUUACAACCGCCACUUCCUCCGCUAUCGAGUUUCUUGCGCGUUUCGCCCGGUCAUAAUCCCGCACCGCCUCGAACUUCACCUACGAAUACCGACAGACCCACCAGCACCGCUACCUUACGUCCACACACCGCAACAGCGCACUCAUCACCACCGAUCACUCCGUCCCCAUUCUCUCCGGGGAUUAGCGUCGAACAGUACAGCGCUCUCACAACCAUUGUCCGCAGGGAACAAGCAGCCCGGAAGCAUCUUGAGAAGCAGGUUCUCCAGCUGCAGCGAGAACUGCAAAUCCUUCGGGGCGGACUGACUUCUGGACAGGCUAGUUUUCUCCGCCCAUCAAGCCCCGAUUCUCCAUCUACGACGUCAUCCCACCCAGAUAUGGGGCAUGAUCGCAUGGACUCGGGGAUGUGGCGGCAGAACAGUGAAAGCAGUGGAGCGAAAAGCGGGAAUGUGUCACUCGAGAGUUAUCCGAUGAAGUCGGAGAGUUCGUUUCAUCGGCUGAAUCCGUUUGACAAAAUUAUGGGGAGGAGUUAA